AUGCCUUCCGCAGGGAUUCCAUUCGGCCCCCUUCCAGACGUUCCUGGGUCGCCGCAUAGCACCCCCGAGUCCAUCGUCAUCUACCUCUCAUUCUCCUCAUGCUCUCCGGUGACUCCCAUGCGGGUCUUGGCAUCGGAAUCAAUUGCUUCUGUGAAGCUCAGGAUUCAGACUUGGAAGGGGUUCGUGGUGAAGAAGCAGAAGCUGAUCUUCGACGGCAGGGAGCUGGCCAGGAACAAUUGUCUCAUCGGGGACUACGGCGUCGGCAAUGGCCAUAUCCUCCAUCUCAUCCUUCGUCUGAACGACCUGCGUCUCAUCACCGUGAAGACGACCUUCGGCAGAGAGUACAAGUUCCAGGUCCAACAGAGCAGGAAUGUGGGGUACAUAAAGCAGCAGAUCGCCCAUAGGGAGAGGGCUCUCGACAAUCUUCACGAGCAGAAGCUCAUCUGCAAUGGCGAAGAACUAGAGGAUCAGCGCCUGAUUGAAGAUAUCGCCACCAACAAGGAUGCCGUGAUCCAUCUACUGAUCCACAGAUCUGCAAAAGUUAGGACAACGCCUGAUGAGGAAGGCUUUGAACUCUCAGUCGAGGCUUCCAGUGCGGAUGUGCAACCGCUGGGCGGGUCUUUUGUUCUCGAGCCGGUUACUAUGACGCCGAAGAUCGAACUCCCCUCUGCAAUCACCAACUUGAUUGGCACCACAGCGGCCGGCUUGGUGAAGGGCAACCCACCUGUGAGAUCUUCCGAGGGUUCAGGGGGAGCUUAUCUUAUGCAGGAUGCAUCAGGUCUAAGGUUCGCCGCCGUCUUCAAGCCUGCAGAUGAAGAACCGAUGGCAGCAAACAAUCCCCAGCAGCUUCCCAUGUCAAGAGAUGGUGUGGGCUUGAAGAAGGGGACCCGGGUUGGAGAGGGGGCUCUGCGGGAGGUUGCGGCUUACCUUCUCGACCAUCCAGUCAGUGGGCGCCGGGCUUUCACAGGCGUUGACUUUGGAUUCUCUGGUGUUCCACCAACUGUUCUUGUUCGCUGCUUGCAUGAAGGUUUUAAUCACCCAGAAGGAUACAAGCAGGCCCCUGAGAACAUGAAGAUCGGGUCCUUACAGAUGUUCGUGGAUAGUAUAGGCAACUGCGAGGAUAUGGGGCCUCGAGCAUUCCCAGUUGAAGAGGUUCAUAAGAUAUCUGUUCUGGACAUCAGAUUGGCUAAUGCAGAUCGGCACGGAGGAAACAUUCUAGUCUGUAGGAGGGAAGACGAAGCUCAAUUCCUACUGGUUCCAAUCGACCAUGGCUACUGCUUGCCAGAGAAUGUGAGUCAAUUCACGGCCUCCCGCACCCAAAAAUCAUUUUUCGUAGGCAAAGUGCCAUUUUGUGGUUCAUAUGGUGCAUAUUCUUUUCAUCCUUAUCUGAAUUUUUUCAAGGCCUAUUGGAGUUUGCAGGCUUCCCUUCUAGAACCCUACUUUAUUCCCUCGACACAAAAUAUUUAUAUUUUCCUUGAAAAAUUGCCAUCUUCUCCUUCAUGAGGCACCUAUUCUUUAAUGUCUGUGCAUAAAUCUUGGUCUCAUGUCUUUUCAUCAUUUGGAUCUACGUAUAGAAAUUCAUCCCUUCUCUGAAUAUGUCAAUCCUUCACAUGCUUUCGGAGACCGCAAAAUUGAAUGCUUGUACUGUCCUCCAGCUCAUGAGCUCUACACCGGAAUUUUCCAUUUUUACUAGCAAAAUUUCCAUUAAUGUCUCGCAAGAUGCGUAUUCUAUGAAGUUUAUGUAUGAAUCAUGGCCUCAUUUGCUGUCAGUCAACCUUCAACCUGAAUCUGUUUGACGUAUUAUGCAGUUUGAAGACUGCACAUUUGAAUGGCUGUACUGGCCUCAAGCCCAAGAACCCUACGACGUCAAAACCGCUGAGUACAUAAAGUCGCUGGAUGCAGAGGAAGAUAUUGCACUGUUGAGGUUCCAUGGCUGGGAGCUCUCCCUAGAAUGUGCUCGUACCCUUAGAAUCUCGACCAUGCUGUUGAAAAAGGGUGCUCAAAGGGGUCUGUCCCCCUUCACCAUAGGGAGCAUCAUGUGCAGAGAAACCUUGAGGAAGAGGUCGGUAAUCGAGGAGAUCAUCCACGAAGCAACCAGAAGUGUUCUCCCUGGGAGUACCGAGACUACCUUCAUGGAAUGCAUCUCCGAGAUCAUGGACCGUCGGCUAGAACUGCUUCCCAAAUAA